AAGCGGACGCGGCUUGUCAUAUCGGACUGUGUUGUCAGUACGCGUUUGGUCGGCUCAUCGCAGGCUUAUGUUUCAAACGGCAUCUUUCGAUUCUGACGUGGCGAAUGUUCAAAGCACCGCGGCGCAGGAUGCCUGUGUAGCGUCUCGUUAGCCGCCUAGCCUGCUGUGUACAUGGGGUAAUUGGAAGCAUCACCUUAAAGCCCAGUCAGUUGGCCUGCUGCUGUGAAGAUGGGUGUCCUAAGAAGCCCCCAAUGAAGAACCAAGACCAGUCCAGCUGGGUCAGAACCCAGGACAAGGGCAGCACAAGGAGCAGGGACCGGGAUGCCCCAAAGUCCCCUGCGGCCCUGGUCGGGCCCACUGGACCACGGGACAACCUCCCAGUUUUUCUGUUUCCCACAGAGCUGCUGUUCUUCUCCCAGCAGAGCAGCUCUCACAGGAGGGUCCUGACCUUCUACAACCCUUACAGCUUCCCUCUGCGCUUCAAGAUGCUCUGCACAGCACCCUCUCUCUACACCGUGGUGGAUGCAGAGGGAAGCGUCCGGGCCAGGUCUUGUGUGGAUAUUGUAGUGCGUCACCAGGACGUGAGCUCCAGGAACUGGGGGCGCCGGGAUCGUUUCCGCCUGGAGGUGUGGGGGGGUGGACAGGGGGGCAGCCGGGAGAUCUGGGCUGAGCUGCGGGGGGGCCAAGAAGGCGACCGGUCCCAGGGGACCCAUCAGAGAAGGGCUGCAUCCCCCAGGAGGUCUGUGCCCGCUUUGCCGGAGGGGUACUGGAACCAUGAUGGAGGUCGAAACGCUUCUCUUUUCGCUCUCUACGUGGUGAUCAGCCUGGUGUGCCUCGCAUUCCUAAUGCUUCCACUGCACAAUGAGUCCAGCACUUUGGUUCCCACUGUCAUGCACGUCACUGUCAUGCAGAAGCUUGUUUGUGCCUACGUACUCGGUCUGCUUACCAUGGUGUUCCUGCGGUGAAGAAUGCCUGAGGAGCAGUUGGCAGCACGCAAGCUGUGGUUACAGGCCAACACCGAGCAGCUACAUUGUUAAAAGGAGAGACAUCGCACCACUUGAAUGCUCAUGCCUGUGGUGUUCUCUUCUUGGGGGGUGAGGGGUGAGCAAGUGUUUUGCAAGACCUGCUGAAAUAAUAGCAUGUAUAAUACAGAGUCGAAGCUUAUAUCUAUAACCAGGUGGUGCUCACGUGACUGGUUUGGUUACGGGGAUGAUCUGGGUCGACCAGUCAUUUUGGUUGACUGGAAUGGGAUCCAAGAGUUGGGUUGGGUUCCUGGUUGUAGUACAGUGCGCUCUGCUGGGAGAAUGGACACCUGCAAAACACCUGCCAGUAGUGUAAUAAUGGCCAAUAAUGUCAACUCAUUGACAUCUUGCUAAGAGUAGACUGGAAGUAGCCUCAUUUGAAACGUCUCGCAGUGUUGGGUCCACGUCUGCUUGUCGGUGCCAAAUGACCAAACCCUUUUUAGUACAGCACCCCCCACUGGUUAUUUUUGUAACUGCAGCGGCGCUUUGAAGUAGUUUUAGUGGGCAUCAAUAUUGCUCUCUAUAGUCCAUAGAAAUGCUGCUCUCAUUUUAUAUCAUUUAUGGUUGCUGGCUCAAGUGUUGUUCAGAAGUAUGAGAUGGACCAAAUCUGAUCAGUGUGAGAAGUGCAUGUACUCCUGCCAAUGUCCACAGUUUGAAUGAAUAAAGAAUAAAGAGUAUUUUAAUGAUGUCUUGUUCACAUGCUACAGAGGUCUCUUCAGUUUUAACGCUAAUGUGAAACGUAGCUGGCCGUGGUGGACAGCAGAAUGUUAUGAAUGCAAACUCAGGUCAUGGCUUUAAUUGGUCCUGUGUUGUUGUUCCAUGCAAAUAUUUGACCAAUAAAUCCACUUAUAUGAACUUA